GGUACCUACUUCUCCGACAGUAUCCAAUUAUCUCAUAACAGGUCAGCAAGACUGUUGCCGAUAAUUGUUUGCCAAAUUAUGCUAAUGCUGGUGCUCGUAAGGGAGCGGAUGCCACCUAGUCUUUGUGUAUCGACCGAGAUUGAUUUUAUUUUAAGAAGCACCCAAGGUCGUUUUUACCGGUACAGCUCUUGGGUACCACCUUUCUGUUUCGACCAUCUUGGUGUGACCAAGCCAAGGCGAGAAUUUAUGAUCCACAGACGUCAUUCCUCACCUGCGGGUUAUUUUAAAGAGACCCUUUAUUGUAGACAUGUCGAGUUGGUUCUUUUCAAGCCCUGA